UCAAAGUUUGCGUUCGCAUCGUGAAACGUUUGAACCGCGACGAAAAUGUUACCUGGAUAAAGAGCGCAGUCAGGGAAGCGGCGAAGUCAUGGCAGGGAAAGGUUUCUGCGUGAAGAUACGAUUAGAACUGCACGCGAUAACGUGCCCGGGAGAAUGGCUGUGCCCUAACGGCAAAGUAGCGCUACGAAUAACCAGUCUCGGUUCUACCUUAGAAUCUAACAGAGUAUCACCGAUUUUUCCACUAUUAUAUCACAACGAGUUUAACUUUAAGAAAACUUUCACACGGCUGGCUGCUUUGACAGAGUUGCAACGGAAAUUGGAGCAAGAGUUUCUCUACGCUGAAUUGAUACAAUGGGUAAGCCCGUGCAACGACAACGCGGUCAUCCUGGCUACAUUCGAGACUAACUUGGCCGAUCUACUCUACCCGGUAGUUAAUUACAAGGGCCUGUUGGCCGGGAUCGACGUCGACUUGCUCAUGGAGCCGACCAGAUAUUUCCCCGGUAUUAUAGCGCCAAAGAUUGAGAUCUCGACGAGAACGGUGAUAGAGGAGGUACUUGGCGUUUGCUGCUCCAGCCUCGACGGAGCCUACGUGGUAAAUCCUAAGACCAUCGAUUCCAAGCGUACCUGCGCGCACAGAAAGCGACCGGUCAAAGGUAUCAUCAGGCAAAGAAAAGUCUGUCACAGCCGUGCGAAAGCCGCCAGGGUUCCAGCUUGCCGACCUACAAGGUGCGAGUCGAGUAACCUAGAAAACUCGUAUCAGGGUGAACAGCCUCGUAUCAACGAAUGCUACCAUCCAACGCGAAGAAGGUUGAACGAUCGUUGCGAGGUCGGUGCUGGAAAAAGGAACCACCGUCUUUCCACUGUUUGCGGUAAUCUGCACAUCUUCGAAAGCUGUCCUGUCUGUUCGAAGUACAAAUGUUACUUCUCCUGUAAAGACGACGAUAUCGUCCAUCAAUGCAAACAGAACAGUUUGAAAGACGUUCGAGAUUCCCAAUCAUUUCCCGUAUGCGAUGAUCGUUGUUGUUGUACCUGUGCAAAGGACGAUGAUCUUCUCUCGCGUGAAUCGUACAUCGCGCUACACUCGAAAGGUCCACACCUGUCGGGCAGUAAGGAAAAGGAUUGCAAGGCGAAGAGUAUUUCAGAGUGUAACGCUCUUUACCUGCAACAACCGGACGAAACAAAGCACGGUUUCUAUAAAAAUCUGGAACGUUUUUACAAAAGAAUGCACAAACAAGCCAGGCGUCGAGCACAAGAAGCUAAUGUCUUUUAAAAGUUGUCCACUGUUUUGUCAACAAAUUGUCGAUGUAAUAUCAAAGAAAUCAAUAAAUUGGAAAUACGUGGAUAC